UUUCGCGUGGGGACGCCUGAUUUAAAGGGGCCGCGCCCUCGAGCCUAACCUCUCCCCUGCUCGCCAGGCGGGGGAAACGGGUCGUGGGAGGGCACCUCGGGGAAGGGCACACGAGUACAGCUAUGGAUCCUGAUGACAUAGAAGAGCUGGCAGCGGAGCUUCAAGGGAAGACUGAUGGUGGCUGGGGCCUUGUGAAGCUUGCAGCAGGCACAGGUUUUGUUGCCUAUGUUAUGUGGGCAGGAGUUCUCAUGCCUGGCUUCCGCAGAGUACCUUUAAAGUUACAGGUGCCAUAUGUACCAUCAAGUGCCAAGCAAGUUGAGAAUGUGAUGUCACUGCUGAAAGGACGCUCUGGGAAGAUGGUGGAUUUAGGGUCAGGAGAUGGCAGAAUUGUAUUAGAAGCAUAUAAACAAGGCUUCAGACCAGCUGUUGGCUACGAACUCAACCCCUGGCUGUUGAGACUCUCCAACUAUCGCGCCUGGAGGGCUGGGUGUUACGGGAAGGUUUUCUACCAACGGCAAGAUCUAUGGAAGGUAAACCUGUCUGACUGCAACAACGUCUCUGUGUUCCUAGCUCCCAGUGUGCUACCUCUCCUAGAAACAAAGCUGCUUGCAGAACUGCCGGACGAGGCCCGGGUGGUGGCUGGACGCUUCCCCUUUCCCACCUGGAUGCCAACCACCAGUGUUGGAGAGGGUAUAAACAGAAGCUGGGCCUAUGACAUCAAGACUGUACGGCAAACAAGGCAGAACAAACCUGAGGGAUGCCCAGAAUGAGUCAAGAGCUCAGCUACAGCUAGGGUUUAUAGCCUGGACAAUAGCAUUGGAGCCUCUGCAGAUGUGUGCACUUUUUUAGCCCCUCAGAACUGCUCUGGUGGGCAAAUGCUGCCAUAGUGUGACAGCUCAGCUGAAUAGCCCAGCAAGCAUGGGAGAGGAGGGGGUUGCGAUGAGCAGGGAGGGAUGAUGAUUUAUCAGACUUUAUGCCACAUGCUCUCGCUUCCCUAGAACCAGAAUCCUGGACAGCCUUUGAACUGGGGAAUUGGGCUGGAAAUCCCCAAAGAACUGUCACAGGACUGAAGAGCUGAAUCUUUGAUUCUUGUUUAAAACAACUCAUUUCUCUUAAUUUAUUUGCAAUUAAUUUUCUGACAAUAAAAGGGCUGCAGGA